AUGUCCGGUAUUACCGAUUAUCGCGACAUUCAACAAGACUAUGAGAGUGGCGGUCCUUCUGGGGACCCAACCAACGGGGUCAGCAUCGCCGGAAUUACUUUCACCGAAGUCACUGGAACCGUUACCGAUGAUGCCACUGAUUAUUAUAUUCUGUGUGGUAGUGGUAGCUGCUCUGAUUUCACUUUCACCGGGGUUUCCAUCACUGGAGGCGGCAAAAGCAGCUGCUGCAAUUAUCCCUUCAGUGGUUGCCUGUGA